AGGCUUUUGCAUUGCACAUAAUUUAAAUAAUAUUUAGAAAAUAAAAUAUGUUGCAUACUUCAUGCUUUCCCUUGAAAGGUCAGGGUCUUCCAGCUACCCAAGCAGAAGUGGAGGUGAUUGAAAGAGCCCGAGAAAAACGUGCCUGGGAGGCAACGCUUCCCCCACUAAAUGAUGCUGCACACAUUGCAAAGAGGAGGAGGAUGAUGGAAGAAAUGGAGAGGAAAGAGUGGGCCUUCCGAGAAGAGGAAAUUGAAGAAUUGCAAGAAGUUAGACUAGAACUUUUGAAGACCCUGAUGAGAAAUCGGGAAGAGAACCACAAUGAACUGAAUGUCAGUCGCUUAGAUACUCACUGGUUUAACCUCAUGCGAGAAAAAGAAGAGAAGGUGAAAAAGAUUAAACAUGAACAUAUAAAAGCAAUCAGAAGACUAAUAGCUAAGGGUAAAAAUGUGGAAGGAAAACUGGAGAGAAGAAAUGUCAUCAAAGAUUAUACUGAGUAUGAAUCACAGGCUUAUGCUCCUCUAUCAAGAAUUGGUUACUUUCCAGACAAUCAUGCAGAUCGUUACAUAGUGAAGAACCCCUUUCUGAACACCUAUAAAGGAUUACUUGAACUGGAGGCAUCUCUUCCUGACUCUGCUACCCAGCUCCGGACGAAAGCUCCAAAACCCAGGAGCACCACCACUAAGGAUGGGUUUACUAAACGGUCUGCUAGACUAGAGAUGGAACUGGCACAGGUUUAUGAGAAACUGCAAGAAAAGAAGAAUCAAAUCAAAAAGUCUCCCACACCACUUCGUUUCCUUCAGAAGGUAUCAAAGUACUUUGGUCGUCCUCCCACCCCAGCACUGGAAGUACCUUCCCUAAGAGAUGAAGAAAGAGAACUAGCUGCAAUUACACUACAGAAAUUAAUCCGAGGCAGAGCUAUCCAGAACAUGAUGUUUGAAGGGAAAGAAAAGCGACUAGAGCUGAUCCGAGAGUUGCGUACCACUCAUGCACUCCAGGAGGAUGGGCAACUUUUGAAGAAAGCUGAGAAGCAAGUGACAUUGGCAUUGCAGCGGCAGCGAGAUUUGCAUGAACAUAAGUUGUCUCUCAUGGAAAAACAUUUGGCUCGGGUGGAAGGGAGAGCACUUGCAAACAUGCUGGAUUUCCUCUCGAAAGAGCUAAUUAGGCUACAGGAAGAGCGAAAGAUCCAUGCUUUUGCUAUGUUAGCUGAAAGACAACGUCGCAUGCGGGAAGCAGAGGAGAGUGGAUGCCGUCAGGUGGAAGAGAGGCGCAGGCGUGAAGAGGAUGAGAUCUUUAAACAGGUUGUUCAGAUACACCAGAGUACAGUUGAUUCUUAUUUAGAAGAUAUCAUCUUGAGCAGCAUGGAGACUGCAGCUGAAGAUCAAGCAAGAGAAGAGAUUCAGAGUCUGGCUGUGCAAGUCAACAAUGUUGCUUAUGAAAUGGAAGCACGGCGAAGUCACCUGCAGUCUGAAGAGAUAGUGGCAGAGCUAGUUUAUAGCUUCUUGAUUCCUGAAGUGCGGAAAAUGGCCAUUAAGGAGAAAGUGAGGCAGUCCCAGAGAAAACACAUUAAUGCAGCUCAUCAGAUCAUCCAUGGGAAUACAGAGACAGCAGUAAGACAGCUCUUUUCCACGGAGCUUCAGCAGGCACUGGGUGCAGAGUUUCCUCUAACACAAUAUUCAGGUUUUUCUGCAACAGCUGCAAAACAAGAAGCUCUUGAGGUUCCGGAUAAUCAAAUCCAGCCUGAAAUGUCACUUGAAGAAAGCUAUCAUGCUGAAUCUUCCGGGCCUCCACUCAAUGAGGAGAGCAAAAAGAAAUAAGGUAUGUUUAGAACUAUGAUCCUCACUAAGUAGUAUAUCCCACCCAAGUAAAGAUGAUGAAAACAGAUGCAUGGCAUUGAAAUGCUGAGUGAUCCUCAGUUUUGAAAGCAACCACAUUUGGCACUUAGGAAAUCAUCUUCACUGCCAAACCUAAGGGCUCCCAGUUAAUUGUGUAUCUCCAUCUCCCCUCUCAUUCUACCAAUCUCUCUUUCUUUGCAACUGGUGACCCUCAGCAGGGUGUCUCCAGCUUUGCCUUGCUGUUUGCUUUAGUGACGGUUUGGUUGUUUUGAUCUCAGUCACUAGAGAGGAGGCUUUUGGGGAGGCGGGAUGGUCAGAAGACCUGACACUUAUAUGGAUUUGGGGGAGAGGAAUGGGACAGUAAAGCUAUUGGGUUCAACCCCCUGCUUAACACAAAACUCCAACUUAAAAGCAUCCCCAGCAGACCAAUGGCUUGAUAAUCUGCUCCAGAAUUUUCCAGGAGACUGAUAUCACUAGUAGUUCCUACUGGACUGUAGUUCCUAGAUUCUUCAUUGUUAUAUCUUCUGUACACUCUGAAGUGUCUGAUCCUGCCUAAUCUUGGAAGCUAAGCAGGGUUGGGCCUGGUUGAAACCUGGAUGGGUGACUUAAAUGUUGUGCUUUGGUUACUGGUAGUUUAGUUGUUGUUAGUUGCGAAGUUGUGUCCGACCCAUUGUGACCCCAUGGACAACAUUCCUUCAGGCCUUCCUGUCCUCCACC